CUCCGUGGAUUCCAUGGCACUUUAUGGACCAAUUACACACAGCUAUAGACGAGCAGCCUGAUAUCUUCGAUCCUGGUGGAAGAGAUCGGGGUCCACUUCCAGGCACAUCUCAACACGCAUAGUCCUCUUUCUGCGACAUUGGUACUCCAACAUCGCGCAUCCUUCAUUUCACGGAGCUGAAGCGCUUAGCCAAUUCGAAACAGGCAAUCGAUGGAUGGCGGUCCGCUGCACCGGCAGAAUGAGAGGAAUCCUAUUCUCCCGGAUUCACGAUGGUAUGAGUCCAAAUGCUAGCCCGAAAACAUAUAAGUAGACCAAACUUCCCACUGGACAGCUUGGACAACACAUCUGCCGGACAGACAACAACCUCACUAAGAAAGCACCAUACUGAAAUCUCAAAGACCAUCACAAUGCAUCAAAGUGCCCUUCUCUUCUCAGCCCUGCUGACGGCUGUUCGCGCCCAGCAGGCGGGAACUCUUACGGAAGAAACCCACCCUCCCUUGACCUGGCAGAAAUGCGAUUCUGAUGGCACCUGCACCGAGCAGAGUGCUUCUGUUGUCAUUGACUCGAACUGGCGCUGGACCCAUUCGGUCGAUGGCAGCACCAACUGCUACACUGGUAACACCUGGGAUGCAACUCUCUGCCCCGAUGAUGUUACCUGUGCUACCAACUGCGCUCUGGACGGAGCGGACUAUGAGUCCACCUAUGGUGUUACCACCAACGGUGAUUCCUUGACGCUUCAGUUCGUCACCGGAUCCAAUGUCGGUUCGCGUCUGUAUCUUAUGGACACUGAGGACAAGGGCUACCAGACAUUCAACUUGUUGGAUGCCGAGUUCACCUUUGAUGUCGAUGUUUCCAACCUCCCUUGUGGCUUGAACGGCGCGUUGUACUUCACUGGCAUGGAUGCCGACGGUGGCACCGGAAGGUAUCCUGCGAACAAGGCCGGAGCUAAGUACGGAACGGGAUACUGUGACUCCCAAUGCCCCCGAGACCUCAAGUUCAUUGACGGACAAGCUAACGUCGAUGGCUGGGAGCCUUCGAGCAACAAUGCGAACACCGGUGUCGGCAACCACGGUUCUUGCUGCCCUGAGAUGGAUAUCUGGGAAGCAAACAAGAUCUCGACUGCGGUGACCCCCCACCCCUGUGACAGCGUCAACCAGACCAUGUGUGAGGGAGACAACUGCGGUGGAACUUACUCUUCGGAUCGCUAUGGAGGAACCUGUGACCCUGAUGGCUGUGACUUCAACCCAUACCGCAUGGGCAACACGACGUUCUAUGGCCCCGGUAAGACCAUCGACACCUCAUCCAAGAUGACGGUCGUGACCCAAUUCAUCACUGGAAGCUCCAACUCCCUCACCGAGAUUAAGCGUUACUACGUGCAGGAUGGCACGGUCGUGGCCAACGCCGCGUCUGACAUCACUGGAGUCAGUGGAAACUCGAUCACCUCGGACUUCUGCACCGCCCAGAAGAAGGCCUUCGGGGACACGGACGAAUUUGCUGCGCACGGUGGCCUUUCCGGAAUGGGAGACGCACUGUCGUCCAUGGUUCUUAUCUUGAGUUUGUGGGAUGAUUACUAUGCCAGCAUGGAGUGGCUGGACAGCAACUAUCCUGAGAACGAGACCUCGACCACCGCGGGAGUUGCACGCGGAACAUGCGACUCGAGCUCUGGCGUACCAAAAACCGUCGAGGCGGACUACCCCAGUUCUUCGGUGACCUUCUCCAACAUUAAGUUCGGCCCCAUUAACUCGACCUUCAGCGCGAGCGCUUAGAUGUAGGUCCAAUGUUGGUAGCUUGACAUAUCGGGCAGGUUCCUGAAGGGGAUGGAUGUACAUAGUCCGAAAAGUGGCACUGAUCUCGUGAAUCGGGCUGUCAUUUCAUUCGUUGCAGUUUGAUGGAUGCAAGAUCCGUCUUUGUUUCUCGUGCUUCUGGUUUAAGUUGUCUGCUAUUCAAUUUACCUUCGUUUCUCACGUGUGUUGCGUUUGAGUCCACCUAUUUAAGACG